AGAUAGAAACGGUUUGUGUUCAUACAGUCCAACCCUUAUUGAUUUUUGGACCACCUCUCGAAGGGAACCCUUCUUGCCAUGUCUUUCUUCCUACAUCCCCCGAUCGAUAUAACGAUUGUUAAAGUUACCAUCUCCCAUUGUCAAGAAACAUCAAAUGAAUUAUUUGUCUCGUUUUGAUAUGAGCGCAUCCCAUUCCGACAGUAUAAGGGUUUUGUCUGCGCAAUAGGAAAAGGACAAACUUUGCUUACAACUUCAAAGACAGCCCAAGCAUCGAUUGUAUAGAUGUUGUUCUACUAAUAUCAGGUCAUCUAUUACUUGGAGAAUUAAAUAAGGAAUAAACAGGCCAAGAUGGGUGCAAGAGGUUGGCUGGGAUUCUCCUCUUGGUUCCGCGUCUCUCUUCUUCUCUUGUGCUUUGCCAUCUUGAAGAUCGUGGAAGGAGUGGAACAGGCAGAGGUCUACAAAAGACAGGUCGUCCUUGAGGAAUGUUCCGCAGGUAGCCCAGGACCAUCGGGACCCUCUGGCCCUCCUGGACCCGAAGGGGAACCAGGGGCACCUAGUCCUGUAACAUCCAACUGGAGACAGUGUUCCUACUGGCAAAUUAAUGAUGGUAGAGAUUCUGGAUUGUUCAAGUCCUGCAGCUUUACCAAAGAAUACUCGGAUACUGCUCUGUACGUCUCUUUCUCGGGUAACCUUCGGGUAGCUGGAUCAGGGACGGCCUGCUGUAGAUGGUACUUUACCUUCAAUGGAGCUGAAUGUUCUAAUCCGAAUAGGAUCGAAGCAGUAGUAUAUGCUUCGGGAUAUAAUAGCUAUAAUCUACAUCGACCAAGGGUUAUGAUGGGUUACUGCUAUGGGAUUGGUGCCGGCAGUGUGACAGUUGGAUUCUAUGUCGGGCAAUGCAGUGGAUAUGGGACCUACGAUUGCUACACCGGUUGGAUUAGUUCGAGUCAUAUAAUGAUCGAGGAAGUGACCAAGUCUCCUUACGACUAGACACAGUGCCAUGAACAUCCUAGUUCAUGAAUCAAGCUUUUUACAUCUAAAAUUCUGGAAAUAUUUGGAUGCAGCGUUAUUAACUGACUACUCCGUGAGGCUUAAUAUAUUAUAUACUAUAUUCGAAAAAUCCAAUGUGAUUACACUGAAAAGUCGGCAACCUUCUUGAUUUUUAACCCGGCUAUUUCGGAGAAUGAUAACAUUCAUAUUUGUUUUGCUGGUAAUACAGUGUAGAAACAUGAAUAUCGAAUGAUGAAAACUGCACUGCAAAAACGCCGGUGUUAAUUUAACAACAGCCUGGUAUCUUUAUCGGUCCACACCAGAGAAGUGUUGAAACAACAUCAGUUAAGAAUCAAACUGAUAUUAGUCACUAUGGUGUUGCUUAAAAUGUCAAAAUGGUGUUAGCCUAACGCCAAACCGGUGUUGUUUUAACAUCUCAUCUCUCCCGGCGUUUUUGCAGUGUGCCAAAAUAUUUCGGUUUUUCAAUAUUUUUUUCAAAGUUAACAACUGUAGAUCGGAGGUAAAAAGAUAGAAGGUUGAUUCGAUACGUUUUUAAGUCGAUGAUCCCUAUAAACCGGAUCCCUAAACAUGGAAAUGUCAUAUAAUUUAUUGAUUCAACCAUUUUUUUUUAACAGGAUAAAUUUACAGUGAUAUACGUGUAAGUUUGAACUUCUACUGUAUUAUUGUACGAGGGGAAAUGGGAAACAUUAUACAUUAUGAUUCAGGCUAAGUUUUCAUGGAGGAGUGCAAACAGUUAAUCCAAUGACCUAAUCGAUAAUUUAGGGCAGAGAACAACACUCAGAAAUCGACUAAAUAUAUCCGAUCAAUAAAGACGGGUGUUUGAAGAAAAAAUGGUAUACAUUCGAAACAUGGCUAAUUUCUCUAAAAGUAAUUUGUGGAUUAUUAUAUAUCAUUAUUGUGGCAUAAUCAUCGUAUCUUCUUAUCUGUUUACGCUUGAAUGAGCAAGGUGACAUUGUUUAAGAUAGUGGAAGAUCAUCUUGCACAAAGUAAUCCACAUUGAGUACACUGCAAUUCUUUUACAAUCAAAGAGGCAAUCAUUGAUUAUUCAAUCUGUCGUGAAUUAAAAUCGUACAAGACAACUUAAUUUGUUGUCAUACAUUAAUUAUAUGAAGCCGAGUUAUCUUUACACCAUUAACGUUUGUGCAACACUGUGUCAAAUGUACGAUGUAAAAUGAUCGAGUCAAUGUUGGAGAAACAAUUCUAUCAAGUGCCUAAACUUUCUUUGUUGCAUUCCAGUAUGAUUUAUUUUACAUUCACUUUUUAUAGGUAUUCAGUGGGAUAUUUCAAAUUGGCUGUCAAUUGUCAACUGAUGGCUGACAAAAAAUAUUAUUAUUGCAUAUACUCUAUAUAGAUCGACCCAGUUUAAAUUGAUACCUAUAAGAGGGAAACUUUACCUAUCUCUAUUUUUUUUAAUACUAAUUUUUCACAGCGAGGAGGGAAUAUUUCAAACAAAAUACAAGAUUCUUGUCAUUUUUACUAAAAUCAAGCUAUUUUUAUAAAAGACCAGAGUACUUAUACGAAUUGGUCCUAUUAUACUUGAUCUGCUCCAAUUUUAGUCGAUAAUUGAGCAAUGCUAUUUUGGAGAAGAAAUAUUCAUCUGGGGAACGUUACCAUGGUUACAUAAAGAGUUACAACUGUUGCAAGUUUGCCAUUAUGACAAGUACAAUGGCAACAUGUCUCAGCAGCCAAUGAUAAUCAUGAUAAUCAAGGUUACAAUGCAUGAUAGUUGCCAUAAGAUAUAACAGUUGUAACUCUUUAUGAAACGGACCUUGAUUUUCAUGAACAUUAAUCUAAAAAUGAUCAGAACUGAAUCACUUAUUACCCAUCUCAUUGAAAUGUAUGGUGGUCAUGAUAUGCUCAAUUAUUGGAAUGAAUUUCCCACCCACUGUUCAUCAAUGUAACCACUUUGCAUAAAGUAGUUUCGCCAGUCGCAAGUUUGGUGAAUCUUAGUCACAUCAUUCUCCUUUUUGGUUAUUAGUUUCAAUUUAUAGCAAAGUCUUUAAAAUAGAGACCAAAAAAGUCUUAUGGUUUACAAUCAAAUUGUGUCGUGAAAUGGCGAUCACUAUUUGCGAACUACACGACUUUUUUCAAUUCGCCUCAUCUUAGAAUCCUAUUUGAUUUACUGAUCUUGUCUUUUGUGGAUUUUUGUUUUAAAUUUGGUUGGCUGUGCUUGUAAAUCAAAUAUAAUUCACUGAUGAUCUCUAUCGAAAUAAGUGUCAAAGUUAAUCUGGUUUCAGGUCGAUCAUUUUUACAUAUGUAUUUAUCUUGUUUGUAUAGUCAUGUAUCAUUUGCAUUCGACAGAUGACCAUUUUAAUGGUUGCGAAAUAGAUUAAUGAGAAUAUUCAAAGAA